UUAUGAGGCAAAUAAACAUGGAAUUGUCUCUUUUUUGAAUGUGGGUGACUCAUAAGUUAUUUUGUGGUGUUUGCUUCUAUUUUUUCAUUCAAUGUGGGGAACCAAAAGAUGGUUAAUUUUGCACCAAAGGAGGAAGGGUUUGAAGCAAGGGAGAAAAUCCAUGAGGAAAAGGCUGAAUAAGUUGAAAACAGAGAUGAAAGUGGUGAGCAAAGAGCAAAAAAGCAUAAAAGAAGGGCAAAGGCAAGUUGGGGCCAAAUUGCAAGGUAUCAACUAUGAAUGCGAGCAGCUCCGCCGUGAAACUAAUCGAAUUAUUCAACAAACCGCCACCACUCAAAUCCGGUUAGCCCUAAUGUUCAAUAUCCUUAAAGCUCGUGAGGAAGGUGAUUUUGCAAAGGCUCAUCAAUUAACUGCACUCCUUCGUGAAGUAGCAGCCAGGGGUUAAUUGGAAGACCCAAAUUUGCAAAUAUUUAUACUAUUUGAUUGCUUUUACUAAUACGAUAUAAGAUAAUCAUAAACUAUAUUCCUUAUUUUAAAUUGAUAUUUACAUUUCAAAAUAUUUUUGUGUGGAAUGUAAGAUUAUGAUAUAAUUCUUUUUUGUAAAAGUAAAUUUACUACACAAUGUUAUCCCAUCAGAUUACCUAAAAUAUUUGUUCUAUAAUAUUU